AUGGCGGAACGCACAGCUACUGCGUCAGGCACUGACAAUCCAGCGUCCAGCUCACCUGUGCUGACCUCCGUAGCGGCCCAAGAAAAUGAACGCGGCGGCGACUUGGAAUAUGACGAAGCGGCGGCGGAACCAGAACGAAUCCAAGGCGGCGAUGACGGCAACACAAAACCCCCCAGGCGAGGCAUAGCCGGCAAGGUGGAGAAGGUGCACAGCCGUGUGCCAGCUCUGCGGAAGAUCCCCCUUGCGGCUCUGGGUAUCAUUUUCCUUGUUGCGGUGGUUAAUGGUUUUGUAUGGAUGGUUGCGGGGAUUGUGUUGUCGUUUUAUCCCUCUCUGAUAUCCACUGCCGUGCUUUCCUAUACGCUAGGCUUAAGACAUGCGCUUGACGCAGAUCAUAUCUCGGCCAUCGACCUUAUGACCCGGAGACUCCUGGCAACUGGUCAGAGAGCAGUCAGUGUUGGGACGUUCUUCUCGCUGGGACACUCAACUAUCGUCAUCAUUACGGCCGUCGUCGUCGCUGCGACUGCCACUGCUGUGUCCUCGAAAUUCGACCAGUACAGUAGAGUCGGCGGCAUCAUUGGGAGCUCGGUCAGCUCUGCAUUUCUGAUUCUGCUCGGAAUCAUGAAUGCGUAUAUCCUAUAUAAGCUUGUUCAGCAGAUGAAAAAGAUGCUUCGCUUGAAAGAAGGGCAGGAGCAUGAGGUGUGGAAGGUUGAAGGGAAAGGUGUAUUGUUUACGGUGUUGAAAAAGAUGUUCAAGCUCAUUGAUCGGCCGUGGAAAAUGUAUCCACUAGGCGUCCUUUUCGGGCUGGGCUUCGAUACCUCAUCGGAGGUUGCACUGCUAGGAAUCUCGUCCAUCGAAGCUACACGCGGAACAAGCAUUUGGGUGAUUCUGAUCUUCCCAUUUCUUUUCACAGCCGGAAUGUGCCUCCUUGACACCAUAGAUGGCGCCCUAAUGCUAUCCCUAUACGUCCAGCCAGCGGAAAAUUUUCUCCCGUCCAAAUCCGUCAAUUCUUCCCGUACCACCCUCUCCACACCGUCGUCUGGCGCGGGACAGCCACUGACCACCAGCGACGCGGCAACUGCCAACCCAAGCCGCAACCCACGUAACCCAAUCGCGUUCCUCUAUUACUCCAUUGUCCUGACCUCCCUUACCGUGAUCGUAGCUACGGUGAUCGGCACCAUCCAACUGCUCACGUUGAUCCUUAACGUGACAGAAGCGACGGGGCGGUUCUGGAAUGGCGUGGAGGUUGCAGGCGAGUAUUAUGAUGUAAUUGGCGGGUCGAUCUGUGGAUGUUUCAUCCUAGUUGGCGGGUUGAGCGUGUUGGUGUACCCUUCUUGGAGGCGUUGGGUUGCUCAGCGGCAUGAACUGCAAGACCAGAAUGUCGAUGGGACUUUGGAAGAAGGAGGAGGGCAUGAAGGAGAGGUCGAGGCGGGUUACGGUAUUGCCACAACUUCUCCUACCGGUAUAUUCCCGGGCGCUGGAAUGGGAAGUUUGAAGGGAGACCGAGGAGAAGAUGGAAAAGGGCAAGUAGGCCGAGUGUCAGUGGAGGAGCGGCGGUUGAGUUGACCAAUAAAUCUACUAUGAGGAUCUACUAUGUAACGCGGGGGACUGGGGACAUUUUGAAUGUCAAUAUUGGAUCAGUUUAUAUAGUUUUGUAUAUCUGUUUAGUUAUCCGAAAUGCCCUUUGGCGAGUCGGCUUGGCAUCUAUCCCGCCGCCGACAUCAUCGUUGCCAAGAAGAUACGAAUCCUAGUCCUAGUACU